AUGGCCGACAACAGUACAACACCGGAGGGUGCGUCGAAGGGCUUCGUUUUCUACCACUAUGAGCCGUCCAUGGUAGCAGCUGUCAUUUUCAUUGGUGUAUUCGGUCUUUCGGGGCUCUUGCACAUUUGGCAGCUGGUGCGAGCCCGAACAUGGUAUUUCAUCCCCUUUGUGAUAGGAUGUCUCUUUGAGGCCAUUGGUUAUGUCGGUCGCGCUAUGUCUGCACAAGAAGCACCGGACUACACCAAGAAUCCAUACAUCAUCCAGUCCAUUCUCCUCCUGUUAGGACCAGCCCUGUUCGCUGCAUCGAUUUACAUGAUCUUGGGUCGUUUGAUCAACCUUUUGGAUGCCGGAAACUACUCUUUGAUCAGGCCGAAUUGGCUGACCAAGGUUUUCGUUCUCGGUGAUCUCCUAUCUUUCUUCGCCCAGAGCGGAGGUGGCGGUAUGCUUGCAACGGCGAAAGACAAAGAUUCCGUUAAACUAGGAGAGAACAUCAUUGUCGGCGGUCUCUGUAUUCAGAUCCUCUUCUUCGGCUUCUUCAUGGUCGUCACCCUCAUCUUCCACAUGCGCCUUUCUCGCAACCCAACCCCGAAGACAUACUCUCUUGAUACCCCUUGGAAAGGCCUCCUUUGGGUUCUCUACGGAACCAGUUUUAUGAUCAUGGUUCGAUCGCUGUUCCGUGUCGCGGAAUACGUCCAAGGAAGCGAGGGAGAGCUCCAGUCAAAGGAGAUGUACAUCUACAUCUUUGACGCGCUUCUCAUGGGCCUUACAUCAGUGCUCUUCAACUGGUUCCAUCCCAGUCGCGUCAUCAACAACCGUGACACCAGCCUCAAGCAGGUGUCGAGCUCAGAGGUUCUGUCUGAGGGUUACUUGAUGGAGAGCGGCCAAUACCAGCAACCCAAGUACCAACAGCAACAGCAUCAAGGACCACCGAGCCCCUACGAGCCGUAUCACGGUACUCAGGGAGACUUUCGGAGGUGA